AUGGCCAAUCUUGACCAGACCCCGACCACCGUCGACGUCUGGGUCGGGAAACCGUUGGGGUCUGGGUCCCAGCAAUCCCAAACGGCCGGCGACGAAGGUUUCCUGACCCAGAUCCCGACGGUUUCCGGCGACGACGCAACAUGCGAACUUGAAGAUCGUGAUUCACCGACGACGUUGUAUGAACUAGAAGAUCCAGCCGGAAACCACCCACGCCGGUGUGGUUUGGUGGGUCGGGGUUCGGAUCUCUUCCUCAGCCGCACUGUGCCUCCUCCGGCUUCCCACCGAGCCUCCAGAUCCUCUUCCCUCGUCUCUGUCGUCGUCUCGUCAGCGUGGGUUUCCGGAUCUCUAUGCCGUCUCUGUCGAAGCUCGUCGGUGGUGGGGGUUCGGGUUCUGGAUGAAAAGGAUGCGCAUGGAUCCGGCUGGGGCCUGUAUUCAUGCGGAACUACAGGCGGGCAGUUUUUGGGAAUUUUAUGUAGUAAUCCUCUAGACAACGUCUCUAGUAGGAUAAUCGCAAUCGAUCUCGAUGGCGUUGAAUAUGACGGGUUUCUGACACCGUCGAUCGGGAACUUGUCCGAGCUCACCAUCUUCAACCUAGGCAAGAACAAGUUCCGAAGAAUAAUCCCCGAAACCAUCGCCAACCUUAAAAAGCUCACCAUGCUUUCACUGGCGGACAACUAUUUCACAGGCACCAUUCCUAACGAAAUCACUUUGCUCAAGAAUCUUGAAUGUCUAGACAUUUUUGGAAACAAGAUAUAUGGCUCUGUUCCCGUCAAUAUCUCUGGAUUACGAAGCUUGUCAGGCAACGCGCUCACAGGCACAAUCCCAAACCUCACAGCGCUGUGGCAGCUCAAGACUUUAGACCUCAGCGCCUACCAGUUCUAUGGAUAUCUCCCAAAUCUUCCUUUCAGAUUGACAACACUCUCUCUAAACCACAACAAACUUUCAAGCCACAUUUCAUCAGUCAAAAAGCUCAAAAACCUUGUACGGCUAGAUGUGAGUGACAACAGGUUUUCUGGUCUGAUUAGCGACGACAUCCUUUCAUUACCACGGCUGGUUUACCUGAACGUUUCAAACAACCGCUUCAACGGAAUAGAGACGUUCAAAAUUUCCGGCGAAGAGACGCAACUUCAAGUACUUGAUGCAGAAAACAACCAGUUCCCUGGCCAUUUGCCUACCAAGUUGGUCACAAUUCAGAACUUGACCCAAAUUAACUUCGCACAUAAUCAGUUCUCCAGUCUAAUCAAGGGAAUAUGGAGAAAGACUGGCGCGAUCGUGGAGAAUCCUCUACAUGGAUAA